AGAAUUUUGUUUAAAAUUAUCAAAAAUAGAUUUUUAAAUUUUAACAAAUUUAAUCGUAAAGACAGCUGAUAAUAACGGUUUGCAAAAUCAAUACAAAUUUACUCUGUUAUCUCUGGAAUAGACACAAACUAUUUGUAUAGAUAUUCUCCACUCAAGAUUAAUGAGUUAGUUACAACAUACAAACUAGAAGGAGCUGAAAAAGAUGAAUUUGAAUUAAAUGGUUUUCCUGAGAAAGCUUCCAUUUCUAUUCUACUAGAAUAGUCUACUAAUUACUGUAAUUAUCAUGGCUGAAGAUGGACAGAACAAACUUCAAUUCAUAUUUCCGGGAGGAGAAAAGGAAACUUUAACAUUUCUGGAGGGAGCAAAAAUAUUUUCAGCAAUAUAUUUACCUGAUCUCAGAGAGAAAAGUGUUUGCCAUCCUGGAGAACAGAUUGAUUAUGAUCUUCCAACGCAAGCUGUUCUUCUGCCCCAAGAAGAACUGGACAACAUUGCUAAACAAAUCACAGACGCUAAGGAGAAGUGCAAUUUCCGUCAGCAUAUGAACAAUGUAAAAGGAAAGGAAAGUGAAAUUAAUGUCGGGGGAUAUCUUAAAGUUCAAUUGGCUGGCACAAGAUGUGCCAUCAUUAAAGGCUAUGAUGUAAAGUUUUUCAGAAGAUAUACAACUGGGGUUGAUGGCUCAAAAAAUCAGGAAUUUGACUUGAUUUUGAUCCUUGGUGAGUAUUGUUCCUUUGUCGUUGUUGAAGUGAAGACGGCCAAAAAAUUAACCCUAACAGCGCCCAAGGAACAGUGUGAUAAGGGGGAGAAGUUUUUUCAGGAGUUGACCAGUAAGCUUGGACGAGAAAAUUUUGAAAAUUGGAAGUAUAAAGCUGUAAUAGCACUGCCAAAUGUCAAAGAAAGAAGAAUACUCAAGAAAAAUGACAAUUGUAAAGCUACCAUCAUUACCAGGGAAGAGAUGUUACAAGGAGAAAGCUUACUUCAGUUGUUAGAAAUAAACUUAGAUAACAAAUGUGAUAUCAAUGAGGAGUACUUAAGCUUGGUUCAAGUCCUUAUAGCUUCAGCUCAUUCUAAAUGUGUUAAACUGGAACAAACACUAAGGGUUGGGGCACCAACUAAUUUUGUUCUUGAGACACAUAAAAAGCUACUCGGAGAAGCUGUACCUGGAAUGACACAUGGAGAGGUAGAGGCUCAUGCUAUUCCAGAAGAGGUCAGCUUCUCCAGUCUGAAAAACCAACCGCUGGGUAGCGUUAAUAGCAUUCUUUUCUGGAAUAUGGAGCAGUUUCAAUGUUUACAGAGCAAUGCAUCCAAAAUACUUAUUCAUGGAGAAUAUGGAUCUGGAAAAACUCUCCUGCUUAUGUCAAAAUUAGAAAGUUUACGAGAGCAGAACAAAUCAGUUGUGUUUAUCUCCUGUGUCAGUUUUGUUGAAGAAAGCCCAAUCUUAAACAUUAAAGGAGAUAUUAAAAGAGUGUUUUAUCUCAUCACUGGUUCUUUGCCUCAUAAAGUUUCCGACAAUGUGUUUGUCUAUGAUGAGCAAAUGCGUAAUUUCUGCAAGGAUAAGAAAGUUGAUUUUUAUACAAUAGAAGACGUUCUGGACAAUCUUCAGCUGGGUAGAAAUGAUGUACAAUCAACAUCAGAUCUUCUGAAUGUUAUCACAAAAUUUUGUGAGAAGAAGCUUAAUGAGAAUCCAAACUUUGUGUUUCUUAUCGAUGAACUUGUUCCUCCUGUUAACAAUGACAGUUUAUUAAGAAAGACAGUGAGAAGUCAGGGUUCAGUUGAAGACCAACCUCUACACAAGUUCCUAAAAAAUCUUCCUGACGUUGAAAUCACUAUUUGUUUACGACCCUGUCAAGCAUAUUGGGCAAACUAUGAUAAAGUAGACCUAUCUAUUUUUGCUGAGAACUGGGCAGUAAUAAAUCUACCCAACGUUAUGAGGUGCACUGAAAACGUUCGCAACAAGGCCAAUUCAGAAAGUGUCAGCCAAAGGGCAUCCAGUUAUUCAGUCACAGUUGUAGGACCUGAGCCUAAAGAACUUGAGAUGACAGAGAACUGGUGUGAAGAGGUACUUGAAGCUGUAUCCGGAGAGGACUGUUUCGUUCUCAUAGCUCAUGCUGCUGCUGAUAAAAAGUCUUUAACCCUCUUCAAAACAAAAUUGGAAGAAAGAAAAAUAAGAUGUUUUACAUUCUUUGGGGGUAAAGAGGAGGUGGAAGAGCUGGAAGGAUUUGUCGGAUCUGGAAAAGGAUGUUUGAUCGCGGGUCCUGAUAUCUUGAACGGCAUGGAAUGCCGGACUGUGGUUCUCCUUGUUGACAACAGUGUCUGGAGGCAAAUGAUGCAGUUUUUUUUCUCAGAAAGAAGAUGUGAUCUUUUCCGUUGCACAACCAACCUUGUUUUAGUCAAAGUAAAUAGUGACCCAGAAAAAAUGGAUUUUCCAUUUUUUUUCUUUGUCAUUAUGGCUUUACCGGUUCUAGGACUACUAUUCCAUAUGUGCAAGUAUAUGUAUGACCCAGCAGCAUAUCUAGAAGAUAGUGUAUGGAUAAUCGGAAAUUUUUUGUUUUGCUAUUGCAUUGUAUUUUUUAUUAUCAUUGCAUUUAAAUUUUUGAUAUGUAAUAGACCUGUAAAUUUACCCUAAUAAUGUGGUGCUAAAAAACGUAAUGGCCUUCUCGUUUUUUUUUUAGCGCUUGAAGCAACAAACAUUAAAA